AUGGACACACCCAGAUGCGGUAACUCGGACGAAGGCAUAGCCCCGUUUUCCGUGAACCCAUUAGUUAAAUGGAACUCAACUCGGGUCACGUGGAACAUGAUUGGCUCUGCCAUCCAGUAUGCCAACAUCGUUGAGAGAGCGUUUUCCUUGUACUCCAAGCACUCUGCUCUCGAAUUCCGUAGAAGUUACAGUAAUCCCACUAUAAUGGUAGUGAUUUCCCCUAAGAAACACGUGGCGUACUACCUUAAAAGCACUUGCAGUUACGAUUUUGACGGUCCAGGCGGUGUUCUCGGCCACGCUUUUCUCCCUCGACCGUGGCUGAACCAAUCGGAUAUACACCUUGAUUUCGAAGAGGACUGGGACUUUACAAUGAAUAUACCCGCACCGGAGAAGACUUCGUUCUUUACAGUGAUGGUCCACGAAAUAGGCCAUGCUCUCGGUCUUCAGCAUUCGUCUGUGUGUUACGAUCCGUAA